AGAAUUUUAUAUAUAUGUUUUAUUAUUUACAUAGAAUUUUAUAUAGAUGUGAGCAUAAUGCUAUGAAUAUACAUAAUUUUAUUGUGUUGAUAUUAUACUUUGAAAACGAAACAUGCUUUUAAUUUUUUCCAGGCCUUGAACAAUGAGUUCUAAUUCUUCAGAAGAUGCCAUUACUGAAAAAAUUCUUAAUAUCGCCAAGAAAAAUCCUAAGGGUAUUACAGAUAAGGACGUAGCAGCUACAAUACCCGAGCUUUCUUCAGAGCAGCGAGUAAUGAUGAUAAACAAACUUUUACAACAAGGUUUGAUAGAUCUAUUCAAACAAGGUGGCUCGUUUAUAUACAGGUUAAAAACACAGAGUAGUAAACAAGCUGUAAAAGGUGCAGAUAAUGAAGAAAAAGUAGUAUUUAAUUUAAUUGAAGAAGCUGGCAACAAGGGAAUAUGGAUUCGAGAUAUUAGGGUUCGCUCUAAUUUAGCAAAUACACAACUGAAUAAAGUUCUUAAAAGUUUAGAGAGUAAAAAACUGAUAAAAGCAGUAAAAUGUGUUAAUGCUUCAAAGAAAAAAGUGUAUAUGUUGUAUAAUCUAGAACCAGAUAGAUCUAUAUCUGGUGGAGCAUGGUAUCAAGAUCAAGAUUUUGAGUCAGAGUUUGUAGAUAUUCUAAACAGGCAAUGCCUUAGGUUUCUACAGCAAAGGGCUGACAACAUAAAGAACAAUCCUCGAGGACCAAUUGUUGGUAGAACACAGUCUUAUGCCACUGCUGCUGAAGUUCAAAAAUAUAUUACUGAUUUAGGAAUUAGUAAUGUCAAACUUGAAGUUGAAGAUGUGAUAACAAUAUUGAAUACAAUUGUUUAUGACGGCAAAGCAGAAAGCAGUGUGUACCCUGAUGGCAGUAAGGUAUAUCGAGCCAUAGAUCCACUUUUGCCAGCUCCUGGGCUAGUUCAAGUGCCUUGCGGAGUUUGUCCACUUAUACAUAAAUGUUGUUCAACAGGACUAAUUACGCCACAAGAUUGUAUUUAUAUGAAUGAAUGGCUUGAUUAAUAA